UAAAAUAAAAAAAAGAAAUGAAGGGGAAAAAACGGUAAAAAGAGUGGUAGUGCGGGGCAAUGAAGCGACAAUACUCGUUGAGUAUAUUUGUCUCUGGAUUUAGUCAUCACUGAGACGUUCACCGAGUCGUGUCAGUCACCUCUUAGCGCCGGGCAAAUUAAAUUAUUGACUUUUUAUAAAAACAAGUGGUAAACCCGAUCUACCCAUGUCCCGUAAAAAUUUGAAGAACCUAUUGAUAAUUUUUUUCUGGAUGAGUAUAGAUUUUUGGGGUGAAAAUAAUUUUAGUGUCUCGGCACUUACGGAAUUUGAGAGAAGUUUAACGCGUCUCGCCCGGGGACCACUCCAGGACGCAAUAGAGAGCGGUGGAGCUGAUUAUAAUAAAGAGAAUUGCACAUGGAGACGAGGGGAUGAUAAGGACGCGUGUCCCGAUCCCGACGUUCAUGUUUAUCUUUAUACACCAGGAAAUGAGAGCAAGAGAAAACUCAUGGAGAAGUUCAAAGGGGACUGGCUGCAGAUGAAUUAUCAACCGACUUUAGAGAAUAUUAUUUUAAUCCACGGUUAUGCAGGAGGUGACGAUAUUCUACCAAUGUCGAUUCUCCGCGACGCGUACCUGAGAAACGGAAGUUACAACGUCUUCGUGGUGGACUGGGGUGCCCUGAGUGCAGCCCCAUGCUACCCGGCAGCAAUUUCCAAUCUCCAACCAGUGGCUAGAUGCCUAGCCCAGACCCUAACGACCUUGAGACACCUGGGGCUGCCAAUUCUGAGGACAACCUGUGUUGGUCACUCCCUGGGGGCUCAUCUCUGCGGUAUGAUGGCAAAUUUCCUCCUCUUCCGUAUGCACAAGAUCAUCGGACUGGACCCAGCGAGACCCCUGGUACACCCCAGGCUCGUCAACAGGUUGGACAGCGGUGACGCGGACUUCGUGGAAGUUAUCCACACGAACGCGGGAUACUAUGGGGAAAUCGGAAGAGUUGGUCACGUGGAUUUCUGCGUAAAUGGUGGAAAGGUGCAGCCAUUUUGUCAGAAGGACCCGAAUGAGCAACUGUGCAGCCAUGUUUGGGUGGUCUGCUACAUGGCGGAGAGCAUCUUCGGGAACUCGAAGAAUAUGACCGCCGAGCCGUGCUCCAGGAGGUGCCCCGCAGGCCCCAGAAUCAACAGCAGACCUGGUGAACGCCUCCUGAUGGGACAACACACACCCGUCGGCUCCUGGGGCUCUUUCUGUCUCCAGAGAACAAAUCCCCCGUUCUGUCCGGCUUUCAAUCCCGAUGGGGUUGGCGAUCAGCGCUGUUGUCUUUGAAAAAAAAAUUUUUUUUUAGUUGAGAACAUUCUCUAGAAAUCACAAAAUUUACCUAGACCGUUACCAAAACAAAAAAAUCCCUAGGGGUAGAGAGAACCGACUAUUGGACGGAAAUUUACACUAGUAGAAAUUCAUUGAACUUCCAGUCAUUUAAAUUUUCAAUUAUGAGAGUUUGAAUUCAAUUUCAAUUUCAAUAAAA